CCAAUCUUACUCCCCGUUUGAGAAUUCUCCUCUUUGUUGACCACCCCUAAAAAUCCUAAAAUCAGGAGUCCUUUGCUUUGUUUGACUAUUGCUAGCACCUGGAACCCAGUUGGGAAGAGAACGCGUAAUUGAGCUUGUUACUCUUGAAUAGAAGAAGGGAGGGAGAUGUCACUGGUCGAUUAUGCAUCGUCUGAUUCGGAUGAAGAAGAAACGGAGCUUCAGGAACCAUCUCAGGGCCAAAUUCUGCAAAAGCAAGUGAAAGCAGACAUCUCACAUGCUAUGGUUGCUCCAAUAGAGGACUCACCCCUUCAUCGUAUCCAGAAAAGCAGAAGUGAAGAGUCACCUUCAAAUAAGCAAAUAUUGGAGUCCACCCAUGCAUCUGAACCAUCCGAAUUAAAGCUUCCAGAUGCCUCAUUCCUCUUGAGUUCGCCUUCAUUGCCAACACAUCUAGGAGAUUCAUCUGAUCAUUCUUUCCGAGUGGCAGCGGCAAUGGUUGAAAACGCAACAAGGAAGAGAGACUUAAAUGGACCAGAAUCAAGCAGUUAUCCACGCAGUAAAGUUCCAAAAGGUCCAUUGCCACAUACAAAGAGUUUUCUUGACACUGGAGGUGGUCUUCUACUUCCACCUCAACUUACUGGGAGGAGCAAUGUUGUAACGGAAGACAUAAGCAAGCUAUUUGUCAGAAAGCAAGACAACACUGCAUCUUAGUUGAUGCAUGCAAUUUACUAAUAGCCCUUUGUCAGUUUAUGAAACAGAUCGAUGGUUCCUGACAUCCUGGUGUAGUGUUUAUAAUAUAUAUUAUUAUCAUCCUACAACUUGUAGGUAAAAUUGUUAUCAUCCAUCUGUUUGUGUUUAUGAAAUACAAUAGUCCAACUGCUUUUGCAUUAUCAAAAUCCCCUGUGCAUAAUUUUUUUCUACCAAUGUAGUAGCUAUUUUACA